CCUGAGGCGCGCUGUUGCAAAUGUGCAAACGGUUCGAGCCCUGGCUCCCUCGGUUGUGGCGACUCGGGUUGCGCUUGGGAAAGUGGGGUUAAAAAAAAGCCUGUGUUUCGAAAGGGUUAAUGGGAGAGAAACGGGUGCCGCUGUAGUGAGCCGGUCCGCCCGCCGCUGCGCGCUGUGAGCUGUCCAUGGUGCUGAAGGACAGCUCCCCUUUCAGGAAUCUCGCCAGUUGCUGGGGGUUAACUCACACGGACAAACGCCCUCAUUUAUGCACAGCAAACUGCUCCAGACCAUCAAGAGGCGACAGGUUUCGGAUCUGGUGAGAAAUGGUCUGCCUGUAGGAGAGAUGGAAGCCAAACAUCCCCUGAAAACGCAGAGCAUCAGCCUAGGGGGAAUAUCGAAGAAGCAGCCCGGGACGGGGGCGAGGGCAGUCGGCCAGCCUUCAGCCAGCAUCCGGGACCCAGGGAAGGCAGCAGUGGAAGUCAGGAACCCGCCGGCUCAGCACAGGGACGGGGAAGCGGAAAGCACCUACAAGAUCCAGAAGGCGGUGAGCUUCAAGACCGAGGGGAACCAGUGUUACAGAGAGAAGAAAUUCCGGGAGGCGAUCGGGAAGUAUCACCGGGCUCUGCUGCAACUCAAAGGGAUCCGGAUCAGCGAGGCUGCGGCUGCAGAAGUGAAUGCAUUGAGCAAAACACACAUCAGACUCACCGAGGAACAGAAACGACUGAUCGAAAACACCGAAAUCGAUUGUUACGAUAGUUUGGCUG